GCACAAGUGCGCAAAAACGCGCUUUCGUAACUCACGUCUGUGUAUUUAUAUGUGCAGUUCAUUCUGCUCACCUUUGCGCGCAUUUUUAUUUUCCAGUUAAUUCCUUUUUUUCCCCUUUUUACAAACUUUUUGAAAAUUGUUGCAAUGCACUUUUUUAAAAAGUUGUAAAGGCGAAACAGACGAUUUUGUUUAGUACCGGAAAAAUUUUAAAUUUUUGUUUAUGUUACGAAUGUAUUUUUUUUUUUUUUUGUAAAUUUUAUAAACCGUUUGUAAAGUGUUGCCAAGAGAACAACUGCGUGGUUAUCGGCCUAUUGUCAGACGUCUUCUCUUCCUCUCCCCAUCUACGUGCGUUUUCGCCAGCUCCACUGGGAUGUGUGUAUCGCAUAAAAGUGAAGCCAUUUUCUUUUUUUUUUUAUUACCAUUUUUUAAGCCCUCGAUAUAAGGCCAUUUCGGACGAAUUCCUUUUUUUAAAAAGACACAUUUGUAAGGACGCCCAUCAAGAAGAAUGCAUUGUUAGAGCUUUCCCGUGGGGGAUAGCGAGCCGCCCGAUGAAUUAAAUGAGAAAAAGAAAGUUGCCUCCCAUCACGCAAGAACGCCCACGGGGCAUUUAAAAAAAAGUAAUAGCAUCAUCAUCAGCAGCGGCCGCGAUGGAGGAAAGGAACGUGCUCGAGUACGCGGAAGUGAUAAUCGACCGGCAGAGAGACAAGAUCAACGAGCUGGAGAAGAAGCUCAUCGAGCUGCGAAGCAGCAGUGAAGAGCUGCAAAAAAAUGCCCUGAAAAAUGACGAAGAAAAUAAAACCCUCAGACUGGAACUAAACAGAAAAAAGGAAAACGACAUGAUGCUGAGCAUGCAACUAAGUAAAGAAAAUGAAUUUCUUCAAAAAAUCAACGUACUGGAAAAGCAGCUACUCAAAAGAGACACCCUCCUGGAGGAAUUAAACAACCUUUUGAAAAAAAGAAAAUAUGAAUACGAAUUGUUAUUACAGGAAAAAGAAAACCUAACAAAUACUGUUAACAUGAUGAGAAGUGAUAUAUGUAAAAAUAAGAAAAAGGAAAAACUAAAGGAAGAAGAAUUCCUAAAUAAUGAAAAGGAAAGUGAAAAUUUCCUAAAUCUGUAUAAAAAUAAUAAUGAAGAAUUGCACAUCACCAAGAGAUGCUUAAUUCAAAUUGAGACCGAACUACAUUUGUAUAAAAAACAAAACGAAAAACAGAAAAAUGAAAUACAGAGGCUGUACAAAAUAAUUAGCUGUAUGAACAAAGAAAAGGCUCUUACUCCCCCUGUCGUAUUAGCCUUACAAAAUGAUUAUGUCAGAGGUAGAAAUGGUAAAGCGCUAAAUGAUUAUAUGCAAGUGAAGACCAUUCAGGACCCCCCCCCGGGUCUUUCAACACAAAUGGAGAAUAAGGCAACCAUACUGAAGCACAUGAGUCCUGAAAAGAAGCUGCAGCAAAGGAUAGCCUAUGAUGAAAAUUUACUAAAAUUAAAUUUAAUGCAGUCGCAGGAACAGAAAAAUCUAUUUAACAAAAUAUUAGAAACGUUAAACAAAAUUCAGCAUGUGAAAUCUGGCGAUAAUAAAAUCGAUUUUUUCUUUUCCUCCAACGUUUUGCACUUUUUUGAAAGUAACAAGGAGCAGAAAUUCUUGUGCACAAAUAAUGCCUCACUAAAUAAUUCAUUCAGCUUAACCACCGAGUCGGCGGAAGACUCCAGCCAUUUGUCGGACGCCAGUUCUAACAACCCACUAGAAAAAAAGGCGCACUUAAGGAAGAGCAAGAAGGAUAAAAAAAGGAAGAAAAAACAAAAGAAGGAGAAAAAGAAGAAGAAGAAAAAGAAAAAAAAAAAUGACAUGCUUCCUCACGCUCCUUUUUCAAUCAAGAAAAGUAAAAAGGGCAAGAAAAAAAAGGAAAGGCGCAGAGUUAGUGCGAAGCACACAUUAGCAGGGUCGGAACACAGCUCCAGUGAAGAUGAUAACAGCGAUGCGCAGCAUGGCCUUGUGGGAAAAACGAACACCAUCAGUGAUGGUACAAGUCACGGAACAAGUGAAGAGACCACCAGCGAGGAGGACACACACAGUGAUGGCGAAGGUGUAGAAAGCGAAAGCGGCAGUAGCGCAAGCAGUGAUGGUAAAAGUAGCCAUAGCAAAAGUGAUGAUGACGCGAGCAGCGAUUCACAGAGCGACUCGCAUCCCCCCCGUGCCAAACGGAAACAUCAGACAGGAGGCACCAGCGACGAGUCAGCAAGUGACACAGAUGGGGACAACAUCAACCAUAUGAAGAACAAACAGAGUUAUACAGAAAAUAAGAGGGCACUAUUAAAUUAUGAGAAUUAUAAAGAAAAAUUCAUAGGAAUUACAAAUAAAGAAAUAUUUAUAUAUAACAAAAAAGGGGACGAAGAACCAGUGUACAUUAUAAAAAAUAAAAAUGUUAAAAAUGUGAAGACGUUUUAUAGCAAGCAGGUGUAUGUGCUGGAGUAUAUCUCAUUCGACAACAUUCUACAAAAGCAUUAUUUUUUAAUAAAAAAUGAUGAUAAGUCGUUGAGGAUGUUCUACGCUUUGCAGUACGCAGGGUUUAUCAAACAUGACGUGGACAAAUUUGAAGAGGAGGAGGAGGAGGAGGAGGAGGAAAGCAAAAGGGAUUACGUGGCAAGAUUAAACAAAAAUUAUUAUGAGAACAAAGCACACAGUGUAAGUGAUCAGCAGGAAAGGGAUUCAUAUUACAGCAAACUCAGUUCGUCCUCCCCAGAAAUUACUGUAAAUGUAUUUACUCCCAAUGGGAUCGACAGAAAUGGUAAUAACGUACCUUACUUAUGUAAUAAUGUACUUAUGAAGAGAAACCCCAAAAAUAAUCAUCUAAUGCUUAAAAAUUUUAACAAUAAAAAGGCUUUUAUUAACUGCCAAGAUUAUCAUAUGGAUUAUAAAAAUAAUAAAUUCACCCUCUAUUUUAAUGACUUUAAAGAUCAGCAUAUAAUACUGCCAAAGAGUAAAGGGUGCACGGGUAUCCUGCAGGACAUCCUAAAUCAAAUGAGCUGGAAAAACUCGCACCAGCUUUGCGAACCGGGCAACAAAGACGCAUACGGUGAUGAAGAUGUGGACAGCUCGGAUGUGUCUUCUUACGACUCGGAAGGGUUAGCCGCGGGGAAGGGGAAAUAUGAUGCUAGGGGGAAAAUGGGCGAGCGGGGGGCCAACAGGGGUAGAGCAGCGGAUAGGGGGAUGUACGCGGAAAGGGAGAGGAACGGAGAAGGGGUCAGAGAAGGGGUCAGAGAAGGGGUCAGAGAUGGGGGUAGAGAUGGGGACCGCGAUUGGUCCCGAGAUGGAGGGAGAGACUUCUUCAGAGAAGUGGACAGAUCGCGCAGUAGAGAAAUGGCCCCGAAAAGGGAAAGCGAAGGCGACAGAAAAAUGGGAAUCCCCAGAAAGGGCUUUACAGAUAAGGGAGUAGAAAGAGAGAACGACAAAGCGAAGGAACGAGAGUGGGAACAAAAGCCGGAAGGAGAGAAAGAACGAGAGGGGGAGAAGGACACAGAGGGUGGAAAGGACGACAUCCUGGCAAAUUUGAACAUGCCGGACAAAAUGGAAGACACGUUCUGUAUAAAAGAAAAUGUACUUUACAUAUCGAAAGAUGGCAACCCUUUUAAGAAGGACCAAAUGAGCUUCAACGAUGAAAACGCUUUUAAAUUCCAAAACGAAAAUUUGCAGAUAUUGAAAGAUGAUGGCGCGCAAGAAUUAACCUUUAUAAAGAGAGAAGAAAAUAAAGAUGAAGAGACCUACAUUUUCCACUACCCCAAGAAGGAGAAGUAUGAUCAUUUGAUAUCCAAAUUGAGCAAGAACAAUUUUAACGUGAUUCAGAAAAAUGUUUAUGAUAAAAUGAAAAAGCAAGGAAAAAACGAAGAAAGGGAAAAAAAAUCCUUUAAUGCAGAGUCAGAUGGAAAUGCCGAACCGGGGGAGGAUAAAAUAGAGAAAGCGGAUAAAUUUAUUAAAAACAACCAAGUAGUUGUCAUCGAGAAGGGAGUUUUAUCAAUUUAUAAAGAUUACGGAAACGAGAAUUCUGUUCCCAUAAUCAAAUUUACAUCCGAUUUUUGUGAUGUACAGGCAAAUGCACAGAAUGGAGAAAUUAGCAUAAAGGAAACGUCAAAAGAUUCCAGUGAUAGAAUCGUUCUGGACUGCUUAAAUAAAACAGAAUUCCAUAGGUGGAAAAACGCGCUAUGUUUCGGUGGCUUCAUAAAAGGAGAAAAUGUCAGCAGUUCCUACAUGAAUUUGAAAAAACACAUAUUCUCCAUCAAUUUAUUUGACAACUUGGACAUAAAAAGUUCAGUCCGAGUAAAUAACAAUUUUAUAUACAUUUACCCCAAUAACGAAAUUAGUAAGCCCUUAUUUUCCUUUGACAAGGAAAAGAUAGAAUUGGUGCUAAUUUCGGACUUGAGGAAAAUACGAAUUUAUAUGCAAAGGGAUACCAUAUAUGAGCAGCGCUACGAUAUAACCAUUGCGCUGGCGCGCGAUUUCGCGAGCAUUAAAGAGCAAAUAGAAAAGUACAAUUUUCACACAUUAAAUAAGAAAAAAACGCAUAAAAUAAGAAAGCCCUUUGUACUGUGCAAAACGAAUAUUAUUGCUAUCCAUAAGGAUAAAUAUAAAUUAAAACCGGACCUUAUACUGGACAAAAAAAACUGCACAGCUUUAUUUGAUAAAAACAAAUUCACGGUCACCUUUAAAAUUAAAAGUAAAUUAGAUAGCACUCAGGAAGACAUAAAAACUCUUACCCUAUCUAAUGCAGUUAAUUUUAACAAAUGGUUGGUCACACUGAAAGUGGCUUCCUUCAUACCUGGCUUUCACGAAAUAGAAGAUGACAUUUCUUUUCCCACCAUCGUUUUUGGGCACACCUGUCCCGAGGCAACUAGCUUACUUGGGAAGAGAAAUUCGUUCAUGGAUUUUUUUAAAAAAUAA